UCACAGAGGAAGUAUACAAUAACAGUAGUACAUAAGUAUCUACCCUAACCGACAGUCGUUACUGUGAGCUCACACCACCCCUGCCGAUGUUCCCUCCCCCAGGCGGGGCCGACACCAGUAAGCAGGGGGGAGCGGUUGGUAGACAUGCUGCGGGUCAGGAGUCGGCAGGAGCCGUACGACUGGUUAGUGCGGGUCCUGCGGGAGGAAGGACAGGACUUCCUGGCGGAGGAGAUGGAGGAAUGGGAGCGGUUCUGGGAGCGGCGGAACGGCAUCGGGGAACAGCAGGCGGCACAACCUGGUCAGCAAGCCGCACAGAGGGGAAAUUUCGCGCAGGAAAGUCAAUUAGCAACCAUUAAGAAACAACCACGUCAUCCCGGCGGACAUGCCGACAACGUGACAACACCUUCCGAAGUCAAGUGUGUGAUUCUGGGACAGACGGAGGCAGGGAAGACCAGUCUGCUCAACUGUAUGAUGAAGGGUCAAGGUCACGUGGAGAUUGAAACUAACAGAACCAUCGGUGUUGACGUCAUCACUUACCAUGACACCAAGAAUGACGUCAAGUACGAGAUGUACGACUUCGGAGGUCACCAGAUCUACCACUACACGCACCGGUUCUUCCUGACACGUCAGGCCCUGCACAUCCUCAAUGUAGACCUGCCAGGAUACAAGUCAGAAGAGUUCCAGGAACGAGUGGGAACGUGGCUAACAUCUGUGACUUCCCACGUGUUCAACCCGGCUAUCCUUGUUGUAGGAACCAAAGUCGACCUGUUCCCGCCAGACAAGGCCGAGGAGAUGAUAGCAGCAGCUUGUUCCUCCAUCCAGAGAGACAUCCAGGCCGCUGAGAGUAAAAUACAAACCAAGCUGAACGAAGAGAUCCAACUCUGUCAGAAGGCGGUGGAUGCAGCGGACGGCAAAUUAGACAUGACCGGACCUUUCUACGGUCUCACAAGAGACGACAUCUUGGCCAAGAAAGAGUCUCUGGAGAAUUUACUUGACGGACGACCCAAAGGUCUGUUAAAUGUACAGGUUAUCCCGGUCAGCAGCAAGACGUUCCAAGGUAUCGAAGCUCUGUGCGACAAGAUGGCAGAAAUGGUGAAGGACGAGCGAUUGUUCCCUGCUGCCCGCCAAGAGCUGCCGACUUCCUGGACGGAACUGUCAGAAAACAUCAAGACUUCAGGACGGCUGUACCUUCAUGUCAGGGAUUGUCAGGACAUCGGAGCAGCUGCAGGGAUGAAGGAAUCAGACGUCCUGAACGCGCUCAGCUAUCUGCACGUGGCUGGACAGAUCCUGUUCUACAACCACAUCAAGGGGAUGAAAGAUCUGGUCUUCCCGGACCCAACCAUCAUCCUCACACUCUUCAAGCAGAUCUUCAGGCAUGACCUACCGGCAUAUCUGGACAGCAUAGCCGAGUCUCUCUCUGAACAUACCAGAGCGCAGUUUGAUGAAGACAGGGCGUCUUUCUUGAAGACGGGCAGGGCAAGCGACAGUUUCAUGAAGACCUUGCUUGGAGACAGCAUUGCCACCUUUAACAGUCUCCUUCCCCUGAUGAAGCACUUCGGCCUGUGUUACUCAGGGUCGGUGAUCUUUCCAUCAGAGCUUCCUGCCGCCCAGCCUGACGAGGUGGCGCGCUGCUGGCCAGAGGUUGUUCCAUCAGGCGGAGAGGAGAUCUGUAUUACUAUAGAGUACAGCCAAGAGCCUCCUCUGGCUGUGAGGCGUCAUGUGCCGGGUGACUUGUUGAGGAUAUCUGAAGGAAACUGGGAACGGCCACUCGAGCUUCCUGACGUCAGAACGCCGGAGGACGUCAUUGGCAAAUAUUUCAUCGACAACCGGCUGUACCAGCUCAGCAGAGCUGUUGGUGAGGAGUACCAGCUGUGGAUCCGGCUGGGACAGGAGCUGGGGCUGAACAGGGGCGUGCUGGACAACAUUAGAGGUCAUAAUAACACCCAGAAGGCGUUCCAGAUGCUGAAGGCGUGGCGCACCAAGACCCCCCAUGGACCGCUCCACUACCUGCCGCAGCUGGAGGAAACACUGCAGAACAUGGGCAAACCGGACCUGGCUGCAGCUGUACAGAGGGUGUAUAAGGAGUACCGUGAUGCAUUGCCGUUACAAGAGGUCAGCCCUGAGAUGACCGGAGACGGGGGGUGGUCCCUCCGCCUGCCAGGUGAAGGAAAGUACCUGUGCAGACGGACCGACCUGGGCGUGGUGACGCCCUACCCGCUGCACGUGACCUACAGGAGUGCGAACUGGUCCGACAACUGGCAGCAGGUGGGGGAAUGGAUGCCGGUGGGUCCGCUCUUCUCCAUCCAGUGUGAGGACGUGGAGGGGCCGGUGGACAUCCUACUGCCGCACGUGCUGCACCUGACGAAAGACAAUGAACCUGACAUAGAACGCAUGAGAGUCGUCCAUGUUGCCCGGAAGGAAGCGAACCUCCUUCCUGUCUCUGAGGUGACCUCAGCCCACAUCGUGACCAGGUUCCAAAAGGGCAGUCUGUUCGGCCCUGUGGUGGAGAAAGCCUACGGGAAGCUGUUCGGCAGGAACGGGCGUUGUGUGGUGUUUGUACCGGACUGCGUGACGUCAGAGUUUCAAAUCCACGUCUACAUCGCUUCUAACGCAGCCACUGCUCUCCAGUGUUUGGAGUCGACUGAGGCCGAUGAUAAGUACGUUAAGUUGGACCAGGAGCAGUGCGUGCUGAUGCAGGGACACGAGUAUCAUCUAGAGGUGUCUGUGUGGAACGGGGGUGGUGACAACCUGCUGACGAAUCCUAAGCUUCUUACAUUUUACGACGUCUUGGAAGAUGACAGGAUCUACAAGAAGUUCAGAGUUGAAGUGGAUACCAACAAAUACAAGAAGAUGAAAAAGUCGAACCUCAGGUUCCAAAUGCAGCUGACGAGUGCUGACGGCAAGUCAGUUUGUGAGUUCAUCACAUCUAAAGGUAAGCACCUUGAGCUGUCAGAAUCCGACAGCAGUGAGAGUGACAGCGGGCUGUCGUCUGAGCCAGCUUCUGAGGGACAGGGCAAGGGUGCUGUAUCCACAGUACAUAGACGGAACCCGAGAGAUCACCAGAAAACUACCCAGUCGUCUGAGCACAGGAAGCAGAAGUCUAGGACCUCCAGAGCUGCUGGUCGUGGAGCACGGAAGAAAGUGAAAGGUUCAGUCCUGUUGGUUAGUGACGAAUACUGCACAUCAAAGGGUGGAAUCUCCACCAUUAACCUGAGUGCCGCGCGCGUGAUCACCGCCGCUGGAGCCGAGGUCUACGCUACCGUGUUGGCGGCAAGUCAACAAGAUGAGAGGGAUGCUGAAGAAGACGGAGUCAAACUUAUCAAACCGGUUAGUGCAGGCUCCACUGCAAAGCCAUCCCUAGAAUGGCUGACUUUGUACCACAGCGUUCACUUUCCACACAUCCCAUCAGGUGUCUGCUGCAUUGUGGGCCAUGUUGACGUCACAAGUAGAGCAGCGAGAAAGAUCAAAGAAGAGCGAUUUCCACACGCCAAACUCGCCAUGUUCGGUCACGUGGUGCCAGAGGAGACAGAGCACUACAAGAGUGACGAGAAGGCCCUGGGUGUGGGGAGGAAGGAAGCCAGCAUCCAGGACGACAUUGGCAAGGCUGAUGUCGUCUUCUCGGUAGGACCGCGCAUUCACCGCCAUUACGACAGAUUCCUCCAACAGCGUGGUGUGGAUCACCACAUCUUCCUACCAGAACCUUCAAAGGUCUUCAGUGAAGCAAACGUGACCUUCGGUGAAAGCGAAGACGUUAAGAAGCCAGAGAGAGUGGUUCUGUCCAUCGGCAGGGUGCGGAAUGUGGAGAGACUGAAAGGUCACGACCUGGCCGCAGGAUCCAUAGACAAGGCGGCACAGCGGCUUGACAAUCAGUACACACUGAGGCUGAGAGUCCGCGGCAUCGAUGAGAACGACUUCAAGAAGAGCAAGGAAAUCCUGGAGGAGAAGCUGAGAUCCGGCCGGGUCAAACCCACACUGCUUCCGUACGGCACUCAAGAGGAGAUCCGCCGAGACAUGGAGGCCUGUCACCUGGUCGUGAUGCCGUCCCGGGCCGAACCGUUCGGACUGGUCGGCCUGGAGGCUAUCGCGGCAGGAGUUCCCGUCCUCAUCUCAGAGCACUCGGGCCUUGCAGAGCUGAUAGAGGACCUAUCAGACAGGCUGGGACAGCCCACUUUCCGCCACUGCAUCGUUAAGAUGAAGGGAGACACCGCGACCGACGCUGAUGUAGAGAAGUGGGCAGAAAGAAUCGAGGAUGUCCUCAAGAACGUCAAGUCAGAGUUUGCGGAAGCACGCGCCUUCAGGGAGAAACUGCUGGCCUCCAAGUACUGGGAAGAGUCUCACCAGACGUUCCUACAGGCCUGUGGCAUCACUGGUCGCUUGCCCAGAGCAGCCAUGCGCACCAGUAAACAAGCCGAGAGACCCUUCAAACUGGAGCGGGAGCACUUGGCUGAGACAGUAGAGAAGGACGAGCUCAGGAUUAAACAGCUCAGUCUGGAACACCCCACAGCAGCCGCCAUGUCCUCCAGUAGACAAGCGGACACACUCAGAAGACAACAGACAGACGACAAGGAGCAUUCAGCCGAGAAGGGAGAAGAGUGUACUGGCAUGACCGACGACUCCAACAAAUUGAAAGACAGGCGCCCCCUGUUGAGCCAGUCAGAAGGAGCACCUGCCGCGAGGACCUCGGCACGACUGCUGCAACAGGAGGAAAUAGAACUUGAUGAACUGGGAACAGUUACAGAGACAACCCGCCUAUCACCAGCCGGGAAGGAGCAAGGCGAAACAGGAGAAGCUGAGACCGCGGGGAGGGUCUGCUGUUCGCGCUGUCCGCAUGGAGCAUGUUCACUUUUGUAGGAUGUGAGAUGUCACAAACUAACAUGCAUGCCGAGAAACACGUCUGCCAACAUCCCAACACAGUGCAGCCCUAGAACCUGUCAAGUCAACCUCCUCCUGUCACAAAAGAACUACUUUUCUCCCUGCCACCGUUAAGCUAUGGAACUGCCUCCCACAAGACAUUGUAAAUACCAGAGACUUGUAGAACUUCAAACGAAAAGAAAAUGCCCACCGCACCGUGAUGUAUUGUAAAAUGUCAGCACAGCUGCUAAUGAUGAGGUGUGGUCACAGCAUAGAUAAAAAAUGCCAUGGCUUAACUCUAACGUGCAGCACAUAAUCAUGAAGAUAUAGCUGAUCAAAUGUGUUAAUACUCUACUGGUAACAUCCAUUACUUGUUCUCAGCGAUCACAUAAUCUUUGCAUCACCAUAUGCUGCUGGAUCUCAUGCUCUGUGAUCACAGGACCUGUCAAAUAUUGAACUGGGGACAGUAGUUACAUACGACGCUGGCUGAUCAGGGUGAAACGGGAGAAGCUACCCUCGGGAGAGCCUGCUACCUUUGCUGUCCGCACGGUACAUACUCUGCAUUGUAACAUGUGAUAUAUCACAAAUCUCACAAACCAGAUCGUAGCUUCUCAAUGGUGACUAAUGUAGCAAAUGACAGUUGUAAAUAUGUAGAAGUCACAAAAUGUAUUAAUCUAUCAUUAGUAACAUACGUUGCUUGCUUUCGGCGAUCAUAUAAUUUUUGCCUCUCAAACGGAAGCUAUGCAGAGGGAUCACCUGGUAUGUCAACCGAAUGUUGCUGAAGUGUUUAUUUCGACAUUUACGAACUGAACAUUACUGCGCUGCAGUUUUAUGUGGAACAUGACUAAUUUUAAACGUUCAAAUGUUUGUACAGUUUCAAAAUUUCUUAUUAAAUUCCCAUAGGUGCUCAAUGA